AUGAAGUGGUCAGAGCUCUUGCUGAUACUGGCGGCAGUGCGAGGUUCCCUCUCACAGAACAUAGAAGUAUCUCAGAUCCCUGAAGUGAAUGCCAUAGAGGGCAGCACAGCCAACCUAGAGUGUAGCUACAACUUGAGCAACUUGAAUGUAUUCAUUGGCUGGUUCAAAUGGUACAGACAUGUACUGCAUGGGGUUGAAAUCCUUAAAAGUAAUGAUUUUAAGUACAGAAUUACCAAAGAAAGCAGAGAAGAUUUCCUGAAGAAGAGAUCAGCCAGCAUACAGUUGCACAGAGUAAAAGUCACAGACACCGGAAUGUAUUUCUGUGAAGUGGAAUUUUCUGUCCAGGAGCAAAUGAAAGGACACGGAAAAGGAACUUUCCUCAAUGUGACUGCGACAGGUUCUCUCUCACAGAACAUAGAAGUAUCCCAGAUCCCUGAAGUGAAUGCCAUAGAGGGCGGCACAGCCAACCUAGAGUGUAGCUACAACUCAAACAAUUUGGAUCUACCAAUUGGCUGGUACAAAUGGUACAGACAUGUACUGCAAGGAACUAAUAUUUUUAAAAGUGAUGAUUUUAAGGACAGAAUUACCAAAGAAAGCAGAAAAGAUUUCCUGAAGAAGAGAUCAGCCAGCAUACAGUUGCACAGAGUAACAGUCACAGACACCGGAAUGUAUUUCUGUGAAGUGGUGUGUCCUGGCCAGGAGCAAAUUAAAGGACACGGUAAUGGAACUUUCCUCAAUGUGACUGUGACAGUUAUAAUGAGUACUUCAUGGGGAUGCUUCACCCUUUAUCACUGGAUUGGAGCAGUCGCCCUGGGUUUACUAAUGUCAUUUGCACUUUAUGCAAACUGCAAGGAACAUAAGCAGGUCCGUAUUUGUCUGUGCAAAGAAACAUCUCAUCUCAGCUUGAUUUGA